CUCACAUCUACACAAAAGCUUUCAUUACACGUCUUCCUGCUGGUCGAUAAUCAUCCCCACAUUUUUUUAACGCUGCGUUCUGCAAAAGUUGAAACAUUUGCGAACUCUAGCCAAACUUUAAACAAUUAAAAAUUAUCCAACUUCAUAUAAAUAUUUGUAGAUUAUUUAAACAAGAAAUCCUAAGCGUGACUAUUUCCUUUGUCAAAAUGAGGAUCCUGUUAGUUUUCCUAUUCAUAAACGUCGUGUCAAGCGACAUAAAUAUGGCGACAAAAUUUAAGGUUUUCAAUCCGGCAUCAGCAGAUGAUAAAACGGGUGAAAUUUUGUGCAAUGGGCGAACCGGUGUUGUAAGUCAAAGAACAAAGUUUUCCGAAGAUAAAAACUGUUGGGACUUUAUCAAUUUUCCGAAAUCGAUGUGCAUCCAAGUGUCGCAAAUAAUGCAAAGGAAUUUCUCAGUGAUUGAAUUGCAAGGUUGGGAUUCUGUCCAGCUCUCUGAAUCGGACGACUGCUCGGGGGAGGUUAACUUAAUCAAGAAGGGCCCGUGCCAUUGUAAGCAGCAGGUUCGAAGUCCAGGAAAUCAAAAAACAAAUUUCUGGAAAUGCACGGUACCCCCUUUUCGAUCAGUCUCUAGGAGUAUCAGUUUAGACCAUCAAAUUGAGACGUGCACCCCAAUCGAUGACAAAGUGACGCUCAUGUCGGUUGACAACACUAAAGGUACCGACCCUGUUCCAGGCUUUUUCACUUCAGGCUCCGGAGUUCUUUACGAAUAAGACAACCUUAAGUUGGUCCCCAUGUCUCAAAGAAGGACAGGAAUUGAUUACGCAUAUGGAAAGGAGAUAGGUUACGGGGAGGGAGUUCCUGCCGAUAAAAGUUUGUCAUUUAAGCAGGCAAGUCGCCUGUUUGAAAGGUUUACGUCGAAAGUAUCGUCACCCGAGAUCAACGACUUGGUCAGGCAUCACUGGAACUGGUAAAACUGAUUCCCGUAGGAUUCAAGACAGUAGUUUGGCAAGUCGUAGGUGUUUGUGGGAAAUUUAAGGUGUACGCGAAUCACUUUGUAAGUCAGAGUUUCUACGCAAAUGGAACACUAUUUGUGAGUGAUGUUAAAUUUGCGUGAUCUACAUCAAUUCUGUGUACUUAUUCAAAAUUUGUUACAUAUCUCCACGCUGAUAGCAAUAUCGACGGUGAUUAGGUUCGCUAAAUUAACAUAUCUGGUUAUUAUGUAUGUCAGAUUAUUAGUAUAAAGUACCUACAUAAAUAUGCAUGAUAUUUUUUUUUUUUGACCUCGUACUCUACUUCCCAUUUUUCAUGGGUUGUUACGUAGAGAGUACCUAACUAGUGAUAUUGCAUGUUAUAAUUAGUUAGUUUUUGUUGUCUUGUUAAGUUUGUACGACGAGUUAUAUUAUUUGGUAUUAUCCUGUAUGUAUGUAAUAUAUUUUAAGGUUAAUACGCGUUUAAGAUUCUGCAAUGUUGAUAGAAUAAUGCGUACAUAUCUCUGAGGAUGAGACUCAAGGACAAAAUAACUAAUUGAUAGUCCUCAUCUACAAUUUGAUUAAGAAGGUCUGGAUAAUGCUUUACUGAGAAAUUUUUAGUACUAAUUUCUAGAACUAUUUAUUUUUUUAGACUAAUUUCUAGGCAAGUUGAAAGCUAAUAAAUAAAACGA